UCAGACUAGCGAGCGCACUUCAAAUUGUGUUUCGGCAAUGUCCUCUCCCUUCGACUAAAUUGACAAGAACAUGGUACAUUUCGCGAGCCAUUUUGACAAACGAAACCGUGUCAAAGUGACGUGAUCCACAAUUCUCGGAAACACAGAUAAAUCACCGACGGACAGGUCGAACAAUCAAAAAUGAGUUGCGAUUUGCUGCCGGAAUGGUUGAACCUUAUCCUGGACGACGUGGAAUCUACCCUGUGUCUGCCGAUUCUAAUCGUCAUGCUCCUCUGCACCGCUCAAUUCAUAGUGAAUCACACGAUGGACAUAGGGUGCACGUUCUAUCAAUCUAUAAAGCAGGAUUCGGACGAGGAUGAAGAGAAGGGCGAAGAUUUAAUUACGAAAUUCAAAGGGAUCCUAGCUAACUGGGGUAUCGGUCAACCGCAAACGAACAUCGCCUACGACGAAAGCUCUGCGGCCCAGCUGAACAGACAAAAUUCCCAAGACGAGGACUGGGACUACUGCGAAGAGGACGACGAAUAAUCACAACUGUCCGUAUUGUCCUGAAUCAUCAACGUCGCUUCUGUAUCGUCUCAAGUCGCGAUUAAGUCGCCAACUUUGCAGCGAUUGGCCAGCGAACGUCUUACCUUAGCUCCUCCGUGCAGCUUCUUCCAGGAACAUUCGCACAUUCCGCCACCGAUCUUCAGAGGUUCCCGACGAAAACUUGUAAAUUUGUAAAUUUGACACGUUGCGAAACCGAACCAGUCGAAACAGGAAACGAUACGUUCUUCGUUGAACUCGUCGACGGUCGGUUCGAUGCAAGAAAAGAUGAGCCAAGUAAAGGAAACAGGAUGUAAACAAUU